GAACCAUUCCCCUCGCCGGCCGACCCACAGAAGACACAUUUGAGCUCAAUUCUCCCUCUCCUCUGCACAGCCUUUCCCUCAGAUAUGCUCAGCACAGAGCGGAUUCAACACACUACAACAGGAACUAAACACGGACCUCGAAAAUAGCACAUCACAGCGAUGGCCUCUCCUGUGCAGCUGUUCAUGAGCUUGCCUCAUCUGGACUAGGAGCAAAAUUCAUCUGAAACUCACACGGACACACACGCGCGCACACACACCACUAAAAGCAAAAACGCAUCGCUUAGCCAUGUACAGCGUGGAAGACCUUCUCAUCUCUCAUGGAUACAAAGUCCCUCAAAGGAACAGCAACAAUGUCCCUGUCUCACAUUCGUCUUCCCCCCACCCGGCAACCUAUGAGAAAUGUCUGCCGAAGCGAAGCGACAGCCGGUGUGAAAUCGCUGAGAAGCGGAAAGGACACAUCGGCGUGAACGGCUAUGAGGGGGACCAUGUUUACAGCAGCGGAGGCAUCAGACAAGCUCCUGCCGGGGGAUUCCCCGGUGACGCCGAGAACAGGGUCAGGAAGCAGAGGACACAAGACAUGGACAACGGGAACCUAGGAGAUGGACGUUUGCCAGAAGACAGCCUGACCACGGACAGUGGGUUUUUUGAGACCCACAGAGGAAUACAUUCUCAGCCUAGAUCUGAGCAGGAUGUUUCCUACUGGCGAAGAAGAGGUCAGGACUUUAGUGUGCUUUUGGAUUAUGCAGACUUCAGGGAUCCACGCGGAAGUGGACGAGGUGUUCCCAACAAACAGCAGAGACCAGAAUCUGCCUUAAGCACAGAGGAACAUAACCGUGAAAGACUACGGCGGGCAGAGAGUGCACGUGCCAGGGAGAGAGAGAUGGCUCUGCACCAGUGGAGAACUGCAGCUGAAAGGAAGUACCAAAGUUUGGGAACAGAGGAGUGGCAUCCAGUGACCAGCACGAGCCGUCAACCAUCUGAAAAUGAGGUGGCACAAGAGCAACGCAGGCCACGGACUGCAGAAGGAGCCGUUCCACACAGAACCAAAAACAAGUCCCAGUCACUGCCCAGAAUGGCUCUGCAAUCUGAAAGCCUCCAGUACGUCAGCAUACCAACUGCUGGGCAAGAAUCAUAUGGAAGCUAUAAGUUAAAUGGCCACCAUGCACGAGACCCUCAUGGACGGCAUCUUAAUGAUGGGGAGAACAGGCAGAGGUGGACUGACCGAUCAGGUGCACAGUCUGCACCACUAACAAAACCCAGAUCCAGCCGACCUCUCAGACCUCCAUCUUAUGAAGUGCACCAGCAGAUGCGUGGCAGCGCAGAGAUACUCACAGGCGAGCUUGCCCCUCGUCCCAGAGACAGAACUCCACUGCCCUUCUCAAGGCAAGAAUACAUUGUACAAGAACUCGCUGGACCUGGUGUGGACCCCCCCGGUUAUAUCCCCCCUCCAACUUACAGGAGGCAGCCUGUAGUUAACAGAGGACACAGAACUUAUCCUGUCUCGAUGGGUAACCACCAAUAUAGAGGUGACUCAUAUAUACAGGGAUCUGCAAUGACAGAAGUGCAGGAAUGGUUUAUCAGGCAGACUGGGAUGGCUUGGCCCGACCAUUACAGAGACGGAAAAAGAAGUAUGCCCUGCAGGAGACAGGCAUAUCCAGGCUACAGUGAAGAACGGAUGAGUAAUGUUCAGUACAUUCCCUUUAAUGACCCUCGUGUCAGACAAGUUUCAGGUGCAGGGAUAGAUGGAAACUCGCUGACAGAUGCAGACAAAAUCAGAAACAUCAGAAAUGAGAUUCCGAUCGAUGUCUUAUCUGAGAAGUCUAACGACGGUGCCUUUCCUCUCACAGAGAAACCCUUUGACCGCACUGAACCAAGUCAAAGCAAUAUUAGUGACUCUAUUAAUGAGGACAGUACACAAAAGGAAGUGCUUAAGGAGACAGAAAGUUCAGCCACGUUACCUGACCAAAACUGCAACAGGCAUCCAGCUACCCAGGGAAAUAUAGUUGCUCUUCAGAUGACGAUGCAGCAGAAUUCAAACCAGGGUUUAAUUGAGACAGUGACACAAGUAAAGACAUUUGAGGCAAAGACUGUGUCUGAGAACAAGAAAAGCUCAAAGAAAAAGCUCAAAGAGACAAUGUUCUGCCUGGUUUCUGUCCCUAUUAGUAUACAAGCUAACAAAAGUGUUUCUGACCCAAAUAACAAUGAAAAAGUGACUAAUUCGACAGAAAACACAGUGGUGCAGCACGACGACCAAAACCUUUUAAAAACAUCACGCAAAGAGACACAAAUACUGUCCAGCAGCUCCCCAUCCAUUAAAAAAUCCCCUCUGAGGAAAGAGAUUGUAGAUACUAGGUCACUAAAUACAAUCAAAGACAAUGAAUUGUUCUAUGCAGAAUCCUGGCCUGGAGAUCAUUACAAAAACCAGGAAACUCAGACGGGUUCUCCGGAAGUUUCCAGAAAUACCCAUCCUCUGGCAAAUGACCAUUCUUCCCCUCACGCAAUCACUUCUAAUGAAGGUGAAACCAACUGUAGUGCCAACUACGGAUAUCCCAUGAUAGGUCAAAAGGAUCUCAACCCUUCCAGGAACAGUGCAUUCUCCAGGACUAGGAAUGUGAGUAGUUCAAAUAUAAAGAGUCCGACUCUACACCAAUCAGCAUCAAAUCCAUCAUCUCCAGACCGUCAGCCUUUGCUGAGAAAGACAAAUGAAACAGCAGAUUCGCAAGAAGUUUUUGGACAGUUCUUGCUAAAGCCAGUGAACAGACGCAAAUGGGAUGCCAUUGGGGAGCUUGAGUCUUUUAAUAAGGAGAUACAGGAUCAUACUGGGAAGCAUCCAAAUGCUGAUCAGAAUAUAGAGCAGCUGGAUGAGGCAUUGAACAGUAUGCUGGAGCUGAGUGACACAAACAGAGAAGUCAUUUACACAAGACAGGAAACCACCCCACUUCACGUGAAGAAGGACACUGACCAGCAGUCACAUAUAGUGCAGGUCACAGAGAUGCAAAUGAAAAGCAAUAACUUAAAUGUAUUGUGUGAUUCAGGGAACAGAGGCCAUCCAGAAUACAAAGGAAUAAUAAGUUCCUUGUCCAAUGCAAAGGUGAACCUGGACAGCCAGAUGCAAGAGAUACCUGUCACUAAAAUGAAUAAUUAUGCCAACUUUGAGAUUAUGCAGAGGGGGAAUGCUGAUUCGGCAAUACAUCGGCAGGAUAUCCCAGUGCCGAAGGAGUGCUUGCUUAAGGAUGUUGGUUUAACAGUAUACACUGCCAUUCCAGACACUGUGACCUCUGGAUCUCCUACAUGCUUGAGUCCUGAGUCGCCUAUGUUAACCAGCCCUUCAGACAACUCAGAGAUGUGUGAGACUUUGCAGAUUACGUCAUCAGACAGUAGUGGAGAUUUGAGCAGACACAGCCCAGAGUUUGCUGAAUGUACUCAAAGCUUGAACGAUAAUAAUGCCUUCAACUCCAAGGCCUUCAACAAGAAGGAAGCUGGGAGAGGAAACACAGAUGUUACUAGAUCGGGGAGGUCCUCGCGUAUCGGUGUGAUCAAGAGUCUCCAUUGUAGGUUUAAGGCUAGUUAUGAGGAUGAUGACGACAGUUUUUAUUCAGAUUAUUUAAGCUGGAGUAAUGAAAAGACCUUGGCAGAUGAACAUCUUGAGACUCUUUUGAGUCAAGAGAAGGCCAAUAGUAUGCAGACUGAAGACCUUAGUAAACUGUACCAAGUCCAGUGUGCCAAAGGCAUUCCUGAAAAUGAAUCUAUUGAACAACGGGCUGCCAGAAUACUCGGCAUUGCAGUGCCAGUUGAAGCCUUGGUUGUUGACCAAGUUGAUGACAAACCGGUGGAAAGAAAUCUGAAAACCACAGUUGCUGCAGAAUUGGCAAUACAAACCAAAGAGAUGAGCUCAAAUGAGGAGAAACGGAAUGUAAGUAGAGAGUGUGAGGAAGUGCCAGAUAGGUCUAUGGAAAGUCAUGGAGAUAUGUCAGAGGCAGUGCUUGGAGGGGAUCCAGAGUCUGGAGAAGAUUUACCUAGUGCUGAAAAGAACAGUCAGAGAGUCUCCUCAGUGCUGGAGCUGCCAGAGUUUCCUCUAAGUAACUUAUGUUUGUCGCUUCCACUGACCGAGGAUGAGAAACUGACUCUUAGUGUAGGUGGGGGAGACAGGAAGGAGACAGUUAAUACUGAUAUUAUAGAAGUGCCACAGAACCACCUCCAGGCAUUUUGCCAAUCUCCUAUGUCGCCCUCAUUCACAAAUGAUCAACCAUCCAUGGAGUACACCAUUCACGCAAAGGAAGAAAGCUCUCAGUCAUUAGUGAGAACUAUCACCAGGAUCACCUUGGCCAAAGAGACAGACUUUGAAGAAAAGGGAGGAAAACUAAAAGAAUCAGUAAUAGAGGAUGAAAUGCUAGUAGAAGAGCACCAUUACAGUGAGAAUGCAGUCAAAGAAAACAAAUCAGGUAAAGAGGAUGAAAAGCUAGAGGAAGAGAACCAGUACAGUGAGAAUGCAGUCAAAGAAAACAAAUCAGUUAAAGAGGAUGAAACACUAGAGGAAGAGAACCAGUACAGUGAGAAUGCAGUCAGAGAAAACAAAGACAUGAGCAGUUAUAUGCAAGAAGAGGAUGAGCAAAAGGCUCAGGAGGAAGUUUCAGCUGAAGAGGUGAUACUAGGAAGAUCAAGGCAGCCACCAAAGUCAACAGCACGUCCAAUCCCACAACCACGCAGUGGCAUGGUAACAAAGAGAGAGAUCACUCUGCCACAAGGAUUUAACAUGGAUAAUACAAUGGCUGCAGUUGAGGAUGAUGACAAGCUGUUUAUUUCAGAUGUAUAUGACCCCAGUCGCGUGGAGAGAGUCUGAUCUUGGACACUGUCAAAGCAAACUCUGGGACCUUACUGCAAUACAUAAUGUAAACAAACACAGAAGAUCAUAAGCAGGAAGAUGGACUUCAUGCCACAUAUUAAGAAUCAUUUUCAAAACAUCUAUGGCCUGUUGAUGGAUGAGGUAGCUAAGUUGUUUAUCAAUGAGAUAUGAAUGUAUAAUGUAUAUCAAGUAAAGCUCAGACAUUACAGAAAUAGCUACAAUCUGUCUGUAUAGACUUAAUAAUUUUCUCUGCACCAGCAAAUGCUGGAGUUCUGUUGGACUUUCUCAGAACACAGUGGCAUUGUGCCAACAGCGACAAGAAAGAAACAAAAGCUUGCACUUCUCAUUUUCUGCAGGAUUACCAAUGAGAGAAAGGAAAGAGGCCUUGAUGUAUUAAAGCAAUGAAUUGGACUGGUGAGGUAGCAGCUGAAUCAGUGACAUAACACUGUGCUUUUAAUCACAAAGAAAUAUUUUUGUAAGAAAUGUUAAAAGGAAAGCAUUAUUAUCAUUUUUAGAGGUGGGAGAAACCAUUUAUUUCAUUGUGGUAGAACUGCAAUACAAAAUCAUUUUUUAUUUUGAUUUUAUAUAUUUUGCAGUGGAAUAUAGGCUGCUUUUACCCAAAUGAUGCAGUUAAGAAGAAAACUAAACUGGGGCAAAGAUUUAAGAAUAUUUUGUGUGAAAAACUCUUCAGCAACUUUAAUCUUAAGUGCAGUGACUUCAGUAGUCAGUUUCCAUAGUUGCUUUAAAAUGACUCCCUUCAUUCAUUCAUUUUUUUAAAUACAUGUGCAUAAAUAUCUCAUAUGCAGUUUGAGCUUUUCAGAGUAGCAAUCAGAUCAUGUCAUCUCAUCACAAAAUGCAAUCAAAAAAGACAAAUCUAUUUAUUUUUAUCAAGCUAUCAACAAUCUGUACAGAUGAAAAUAUAUUCAAAGAAGUGUUAUUUUACUUUAUUUGCUUGCUUACAAUCAUUUUGGAUAUAUCAUAUCUGAAUAUGUAUAUUAUCCUGUAUUAAUCUUACAAUGAAUGAUUCUUUCAUUGUGCCGUGUGGUGUGCUUUUUUUUGCACAAAUGUCAGAAAGUGUUACAUGUGUUUCUUCAUGCACAUACAAAGUAUUCUGCAUCUUAAGUCCAUAUCAGUUCUGAAAACUUACUCAUAUUGUGAGUAUAUCUACCGGAUGAAGUGCUUAUUAACUAAUUUACCCUCAUAAUUGCUUAGUUACAUUCUGUCAUAACACAACAUGCAAAGUUGAGGUGGACACAGUUCCUCAAUGUUAUUUAUAUCCAUAACAUAGUUUUAUAAAUGCAGUCCAGAGUGCACUAAAAUUAAUUUAGUAAUUAGCACAUUCAAAAACUGGAAAUAGUGGCUAAAAACUCCAGAAGACUCAUUGCUUCCAUUUGCUCAGAUUAUAGUUAUCGUUAUGGAUAAAGAGUGCAAUACUAUAAUGUUAUAGUAAUAUUAUCAUAAAUCUUUUCCAGUGUUUUUUUUUAAAUAAUAAACUGAAUGAAAUCAGAUAGAUGUUCUAUAGUCAGUGGAUGGUUAGAAAAAAAUAUAUAGUAUAGACGUAGCAUUCAUCACACUGAUUUUUUGUAAGUUAGAGUCAUGUAAUUGCUGUAAGUAGUCCUUGAUUGUUUCUACCAUUUUGUACAAUUUAGUUUUUCAAAAAUGGAUGAUUAUAUUGUUGCAUAUAACAUAUAUGGCAUUUAAAAUCUUUUUCUAUUUUCUUACAGAAACUGUACAUGAUUAUUUUGUAUUGGGUUGGAAUUUUUUUUGCCUUCUCUGCAUGAUAUAAGAGAUGUAAACUAUGGUCAUGAAAAUGUUUUUCUGCAUUUGGUACUACAUUAAAAAUGUAUUCAUCAUAUUACAUUGUGCACAUUUGUAUCCUGAUAAAAAUAAUAUUUAAAAUCAAAACAAGCUAAUCUUUUAUAUAUAUAUAUAUAUAUAUAUAUAUAUAUAUAUAUAUAUAUAUAUAUAUAUAUUUUUUUUUUUUUUUUUUUACAGAAAAGGAAGUAUUUACUGUGCACCUCAGUACUUAUGUCUUUAUACUGGGUGAAUGUGAAUGAAAUGUUUGAGAGGAAAUGGAGAUUGCUCAUUAUUAAACUCCUUGCAUGGACUUUUGUUUUUAUUUUUUAUUUA